AUGACUUCAACGACUUCAAUGGCUUCAAUGACUUCAGUCCCACGAUGGCCUCUUGACCCAUGCAUGCCCAACUUUCACUCCAACCCUCGACCCGAAAAAGUCCUAAGAAUCUUCCAAACCCGUCACGCGACAGUCGCGGCCCAGGUGACUGUUGACUCCGAUGCCGUCCCCCUCGUCCAAUUCAAAACGAGCGCAAGCCACGCACACAAAUUGAACAAAGGUGCAACCCGCGCGACGGAUCGGACGGAUCGGACGGGUUUCCUCGCAGAGCCGGCGAAUGCCACGACUUAUGGCACCUGGCGCCUGCGGUCGGUGUACAACUCCGCAAACUGCCUGAACGCGGACGCGGGCGGCAUCCUGUCGAGCAACAACUGUUCCACGAAACUCGGAUAA